AUGAGUAUCGAGGGCCUGCGGAAGGCCGGUGGAUUGGCCCUACAAGCGCAGGCGAUCCUGAGGGCAGCAAAGCCGCCGCAAAAGUAUGUGAUCGACUUCUCCUCACCAAAUGUCGCCAAGCAGUUCCACAUUGGAAACCUGCGCUCCACGAUCAUCGGAAGAUAUGUGGACCAGGUCCACCGAACCAUGGGAGAGGAUGUCUGCGCGCUGAACUAUCUGGGAGACUGGGGCACGCAAUUCGCCUUGAUUGCCAGUUAUUGGCCUCAGAAUCGCCCAUCCGAUGCCUUCUGGACGACGGUGAGCGAUGACGAGAAGGUGAAGAUGAUCCAGCAGUGCUACGUGGUUGCCAACAAGUUAUUGAAAACUGAAGGCGACUUCCGGUUAAAGGUGCGCGACACAUAUAAGAAAAUGGAGGAUUUUAUUGUGGAAAAAGAUAUGGAAGACGAGGUGAUGCUGUUCUGGAAUGACAUGAGAGGGCUCUCCGAGCGACAUCUCAAGAAGUUCUACCGACAGCUCGGCAUCCAAUUCGAUCAGUUAUUUUUCGAAUCCGAGGAAGUUGCCGGAGCACGCAAAAUUGUCGAGCAGCUAAUCGAGUCGAAAAAAGCUGUUCGUCGGGUCGAUGGGCUAUGGGUCGUCGAGACUGGCAAACAGAAUCCAGAUGGCACGGACGCUUAUUGUAUAGUGAGGAAAAGUGACGACACUACGCUUUAUCUUACAAGGGACGUGGCUUCCAUCAUCAGACGAGACGCACUCUUCAAAGCCGAUAAAUACCUCUAUGUUGUCGAUCGGGGGCAGAGGAAUCAUUUCAAGGACAUAGCCUACAUUCUUGAACAAAUCGGACGUGCCGACCUGGCAGACAAGAUAGAGCACAUUCCCUUCGGACGUGUUCACGGACUGUCGACACGCCACGGGAAAACCGAGGCCGUUGCUGAUAUCUUGACGCGAGGCUCCGAAUUGGCCCUACAAUUUCUGAAGGCAAGCCCGACGAUCAAGGUCAAAGAUGAGGAUCUGCAAAAGAUCUCUGGUGAUUUGGCACUCGACACAAUCAUUGUCAACGAUCUGAAACGCGCUCGCCUGUCCGAAUACGAAUUCUCCUUCAAAAACGCCUUCGCCCUCAACCAGAACAAUGCACUCCUCCUCCAGGAAAAACAUUCUCGGCUUUGCUCAUUGGAGAAGAAGAACGCGGAACUAAUGCCGCAUCUGGACAAAGACAACAAGCUGCCGGAAGAUGACGUCGCCAAGGAGCUGAUCAAGCACCUGGAAGAGCUGCCGCGGGCGAUCAUGUUCAGCAUGCAAAAGUUGGAGCCGUGCCAGCUGACGAUUCCGUUGAUACAUUUGGCGCAGUUAUCCGGGAAAGUGAUGGCGCAAUUGAGGGUAAAAGACGAGCCCAUCGACGUAGCCGUACCUCGACUUCGACUCCUCUCCACCGCUCGCCAAGCGUUGGCCGAUGGCAUGAGCCUACUCGGGAUCUCCCCGAAAGUGGAAAUG